AUGAAUCCGUCAUCCUCCCCAGAGCAACAAUCUUCGCGAAAUUCCCCCAACCCCACACCCGCAGCAGCUGGAACUACACUCGCCCAUCGGGCAGCGAGCCGGUCUUCUCAAACGAACAGUCCAGCUAGUUCAGGGAGCACCCCCAUCCCAGACGAAGAACAUGGCGCUGAUCUUCCGUUGACGAUGGCCGCUUCGGUGGUGCUGACCAGUCUGCCACGCGAUGCGCACCGAGCGCUAGCUGAUGUUGAGGCUAUAGAUACGGGAAAGGUUACUGUACGGUUUCAACCACUCCCUUCAGCACCAAUCCUGAAGAACAAAGUCUUUAAAAUCAGUGCAUCUCAAAAAUUCGAAACAGUCGUUAAGUUUCUUCGCAAGAAACUGGAUUGCAAAGAUACCGAUUCUGUAUUUUGCUACGUCAAUAGUGUCUUUGCGCCUGGUCUGGACGAAGGUGUUGGAGGACUGUGGAGAUGCUUUAAGACCGACGAUCAAUUGAUUGUGGCAUACUCCAUGACACCGGCAUUUGGAUGA